GGCUUCAUCGCCGCCGCCGGGGUCUGGGACCCGGAUGGCCGUUUAGUCGGUGCUUAGACGCCGAGGCUGCCACAUCGGGCCUUAGACAAAUUACAAAGCAGGGGGAGGGGGGGAUAUCGUAAUCCGCCUCCAUCCUCCGUCUAGGACUCCCUUCCGCCCUCGGGAAGCUCGUAUCCGGAAAGAGCGGACCGAGCCCGAUCCGACGAGCACAGGCCACGUUUCGCGGGGAGCCAGGAGGAACCAUCGUACUCAAUGACCUUACAGCGCAAUGUCAGAUCGUUUGGGGCAAACAGCAAAGGGGAAGGAUGGAAAAAAGUAUUCGUCGCUCAACCUGUUUGAAACGUACAAGGGCAAGUCCUUAGAGAUCCAGAAACCCACAGUCGCUCCCCGCCAUGGCUUGCAGAGUCUCGGUAAGGUUGCCAUCGCCCGGCGCAUGCCACCCCCUGCGAACCUGCCGAGCUUAAAAGCGGAGAACAAAGGCAAUGACCCCAACGUCUCACUAGUGCCGAAAGACGGGACAGGAUGGGCAAGCAAGCAGGAACAGCCAGACCCAAAGAGUACCGAUGCCUCGACAGCUCAGCCGCCGGAAUCGCCGUCACCGCCGGCUUCACAGACGUCUGCCUCAAACCCACCGAAACGACCCCCAACAACCCCCGAGAAUCCCCCUACAGUACCAAGCGGGGUAAAGUCCUGGGCACAGGCCAGCGUUACCCAUGGAGCGCAAGGAGAUGGUGGAAAGGGAUCAAGCCUACUGUCGCGAUUCUCUCGCGAGGAAUUUCCGACCCUGCAGGCGGCUGGCGACCAGGACAAAGUUGGCAAAGAAAAGGACACUACCGAUGCGUCGUAUGGGCCCGGACCAAACCUCCGCCCCCAAAACGCAACCAGUUGGCGGGAUGGAGGCGGGCGGGGCACUGACGGGGAGCUGGUGCCUGAGGAUGGACGGGCCGUGGUCGGCAUGCAGCCCAACGUCCCGCCUCAGUUCCCUCCCUACCGGGGGAUGAUGCCGCCAUUUAUGUAUCCCCCGUACCUCCCGUUCCCGCCUCCCUAUGGGCCACAGGGACCGUACCGCUACCCCACAGCAGAGGCGCAGAGGUUCCAGCGGCUCCCGGGACCCCGCCCCUCGCAACCUCCGGUGCGCACGACGGAGCCUGUGAGCCGGCCACCAGUCCUCAAGCAGGACGACCUAAAAGAAUUUGAUGAGUUGGACCAGGAGAAUGACGAAGGCUGGGCAGGAGCCCACGAAGAAGUGGACUACACUGAGAAGCUAAAAUUCAGCGAUGAAGAAGACGGGAAAGACUCCGAUGAAGAAACCACUCAUCACCGCAACGACGAGGCUUCUGGCCCCGACAGCCAGUCAUCAGGCACAGACACAAAGAAGGCUGGAGCUCCAAAAGAGGAUCACUCUCUCGUGAAAACGGCCUGGGCUGAAAACUCACAUCCCCCCGAGGGCGCCAAAGAGCCCACUCCAACACCUUCCCCUGCAGUCCGGCCACCGCCCCCACCGCCGCCCCCACCGCCUAACCGGGGCAACUGGGGGCAGCCCAAUGACUUCCCGGAUCGCCCCCUGCGGCCGCCUCCCCCGGAGGAUGAAGACGAGGCUUGGCGCCAGCGCCGGAAGCAGUCCUCCUCGGAGAUCUCGGCUGCGGUGGAGCGCGCCCGGCGGCGGCGGGAAGAAGAAGAGCGGCGCAUGCAGGAGGAGCGGCGCGCCGCCUGUGCCGAGAAACUCAAGCGGCUGGACGAGAAGUUUGGCGCUCCGGAGAAGCGCCUGAAGCCAGAGCCACCCAAGGAGCAGCCUGCUGCUGCUGCUCCUGCAGCCCCCGCCCCAGGGCCCCCCACCCCACCUGCUCCCCCACCACCGCCAGAGGAGAAGAGAGAGAAAGAGGAGCCCAUUCUGGCGAGCAAAGCUCACAGCACCGUGGGCAGCGGCGGCGGCAGCGUGAACAGCUUGGACCCUCCCAGUCCCGUUGAGCCCCCUCUGGCUCCUCCCCCCAAGGAAGUACCCGAAGUGAGGGAAGAGCCGCCGGUCGUACCUGGGCCUGCUCUCAUCCCUGCCACUCCCAUCCCUGCCAAGGCGGAGCCCAAGGGGGAGACGGUGCUGCAGGCCCGCCAGCCACCUCCGGCGCAGACUCUGGGCUACUCGAAGUACCAGAAGUCGUUGCCGCCUCGAUUCCAGCGACAGCAGCAGGAGCAGUUGUUAAAGCAGCAGCAGCAAUGGCAGCAGCAGCAACAGCAGCACAGCCAGGUUCAGCCCCCCUUGGCAGCUGCUUCUGCUCAGCAGCAAGCGACGGGCGCGCCUCUGGCGGCUCUGGGCCCCUCAGGCGGCGUUCACGCUCAGCCCGGGCCCCCGGGGCAGCAGCAGCAGCAGGCCCCAGCCCCACCUCCAGCCCCGCAGGCUCCGCCCAAAGGCAUGUACCCGGGCGCCAUUGGGCGGCCGCCGCCGAUGCCGCAGAUGAACUUCGACCCUCGCUGGAUGAUGAUCCCGCCGUACAUGGACCCACGCAUGAUGCAAGGGCGGCCCCCCAUGGAUUUCUAUCCCCCCGGGGUCCACCCCUCUGGUCUCCUGCCCCGCGAGCGGUCGGACAGCGGAGGGUCCAGCUCGGAGCAGUUUGAGCGCCACCCUCCCCUCCUUCGAGAGCGCGGCACCCCACCGGUGGAUCCCAAGCUGGCCUGGGCCGGAGACGUCUUCGCCAAUGCCCCCUCCAGUGCAGAUGGGCGACCUCAGGCGGCAGCCCUUCGGCAGCAGCAGGAGGAGGACGAGAAAGGGUUACGGAGUGAGACACCUCCAGUCCGCCUGCGUGAAGCUAUCACCCCCCAGCCCUAUAUGGGGAGCUACCAGGCUUUCUCGGAAAACGGCAACCCUGCCCCACUGCACCGUUUCCCGGUGGAUGAGCCAUCGCGACCAGGGGCCCCCUGGCAAGCCGGCGUGGCUCUGACGGCACCGGCAGAAGUGAGCAGGAACGGGCGGGCGGAACCCCAAAUCCAGCCUUCUCGCAAAAGCGAGGAGGAGUCGCUGCUGCUGCUGCAUCGGGAUCCCCCCGAAGAGAUCAAAUUGGUCGAGCCUUCGGCCGUUCGGCCCGUGGUAGCCAAGAAGCCUCCCUCUGAACAGCCGAAAGAGGAGGCGCCGGUCAAGGAGGAGGUGCUGCGGCGAGUGGACAAACCCCCUCGGCAGCAGCAUGACUUCCACAAGCAGCCCCGGCGCGAGUCCAAGACGGAGACGCGCUGGGGUCCCCGUCCUGGCAGCAGCCGGAGAACUGAGGAGAUUUCCGGGGACAAGGCCCCGCGGCGAGCUGGGCCCAUCAAGAAACCUCCGCCCCCCCCGAAGGAGGUGAAAGACGAUGGUGAGGAAACGCGUCCCGGAGGGAAGGCCAAGGAGGGGGGCGAGCCAGUGAGCAGCAGCAAGCCAGAACCCCCCAAAGAGUCUCCGAAGCCAGGCAAGGAGAACAAGGCCAAGCCGGUGGUGAACGGUGGGACCGUUAUGCCACCGAAAGAGCAGCACCAGGGGCCCCUGUCGCCCAGCCGGCGGCGGCGAGAGGGCCCAUACGAGCGCGGUGGCUAUACCGGCCAUACUGGCCGCGGCCGGGCCAGGGGGCGAGGAGAGUAUUUCGCCCGCGGCCGGGGAUUCCGGGGCGCCUACAGCGGCCGUGGGCGAGGGGGCCGGGGAAGGAGCCGGGAGUUCCGCAGCUACCGUGAACCUUUUUACCGGCUGGAUGACGGUGCCGGAAAAGCUGCUGGCCCGGGCUCCAAUUUCCGCCCGCGCAACACCAGCGAGACGCGUAGCGAAGGCUCGGAGUACGAAGAGAUCCCCAAACGGCGGCGCCAGCGGGGCUCCGAGACGGGAAGCGAGACGCACGAGAGCGCCAGCGACGUGGCCCAUUCGGACAAGGAGGUGACCAAAGACCCGCCACCGAGCCAGCGCAGCCGUGGCGGCCCAAUGCCCUCUGGGCCCGCUUCUCACCAUCCGGGCUUGCCUCGCUUUGCUGACAAAAUGCCCCCGCGCCUCUCCGAUCCCGGCACCCGUGGGGGGCGCGUUUUCACCCCUCGCGGCAUCCCUUCCCGCCGGGGCCGAGGCGGUGGCCGUGCACCUCCCGGCGGGUGGAGUCCUCCCUCCAAGCCCCAGCCCAACAAGAAGCCGGAGAAGCAGCCGGAGGCCGUUCUGGAGUCUUCCGGGAAGGAGAAGGUAUCGUCGGGACCUCCGGCGGUGACCCCAGAAGAUCCCGGCGGCUUCCAAGCCCCCCCAAAACAGCAGCCACUUGGCCCCGGCCCGGACCGUGGCUUUGACAGGCCUCCCCGGCGCCGGCGCCACGGACGUUCUCAGCAGCAGGACAAGCCGCCCCGAUUCCGGAGGCUGAAGCAGGAGCGUGAGAACGCAGCCCGGCUGAACGGUGAGCAGCGGGCGGGGGGGCAGCCCUUCGUCCCGGCUCCUUCCGCCCCUCUCCCGGAGGAAUCGGCUGCCCGGCGCGUGGCCGGCACGAAGUCUCCCGACUUGUCGAACCAGAACUCGGACCAGGCGAACGAGGAGUGGGAGACGGCGUCGGAGAGCAGCGACUUCACCGAGCGCCGGGGCGGGGGCGAGAAGGAGCCAGCCCCCGGGGGGCCUCCUCCCCCCACCGCGUUCCUGAAAGGCGGCUGCUCUGGGCCGCCCUCCGUGGGCGGGCGCCCCUCCAACAGCGAGCUCAGCUUGGCCCAGCGGAAAGAGAUGUCCAAGCGCAGCUUCUCCAGCCAGCGGCCUGGCAUGGACCGGCAGAACCGGCGAGCCAACCCUGGCCCCGGGGGCGGAGGCAAAGCCGGCCGCGGAGGGGGCGGCAGCGGGCGCAGCGGAGGGGACAAGCGGAGCUGGCCCUCGCCGAAGAACCGCAGCCGGAACGCUGACGACCACUCGCCAGGCCUGAGCCUGCCUCCGGCCCCCACCACCAGCACAGUCUAUCGCUUGGACCGCGUUAUCCACAGUGACCCAGCUGGCAUCCAGCAGGCCCUGGCCGAACUGGGCAACCGCCACACCAAGCCGGCCUCCCCUGGUCCGGCCCAGCCGCCCUUCCUGAGGCCUGGGAGCAGCAACCCCUCUGCCCUCCCGCUGGGACGCUUCGAGAGUAGGAGCAACGCAGACCCCUGCUUCCUGGAGAAGAACCAGCUCCUCCACUCCAACAACAGCGGCCCCCUGAAGGAGCCUGGGGCCAUGAGCGGCUUUGCCGCAAAGCGCCGGGAAUGGCCUCGCAAGCAAGACCUGCUGCAGCAGGAACCUCUGGCCUUCCCCAGUGGGCCGGCCUUCUCGGCCCCUAAAGACGAGAGCCAUGGGGAGCCUCGCAGCAGGAGUGUCCCCGUGUCCGAGGGGCUAGCCCCACAGAUCUGGAACCAACUGAACUCCAACUCCUCCCGGAAGAACUACCGCCCCGCCUCUGUGGAACCCUGGAUUGACCCGCUGAACGCCUUCGAAGAGGCUGCCAGUACCGAGAUGAGCCUGUCGGACAGUGGCGUGGACCUCAGCAGCGACUCCCAGGUCUCCUCAGCCACCUGCAGCCAGCGCAGCUCCCCCGACGGGGGUCUGAAGGCCCCCCCGGACGCUGGCACCCAGCGAAGCGGAGCCAUCGGCAAAGGCAGCGAAGACACGGCGCCCGCCGGGCCCGAGGGAGCAGAGGCGAAGGAGCAGAGGAGGCGGCCGCCACCGGUGGCCCGAGACGCCAGCCUGCUCAAGGACAAGAAGGUGAGCAGCUCCCCUGAGCCGCCGCCCCGAGACCACCCUCCCCCUGGCGCCAUUGGCACCGAGCGCUCCCAGCGAGCGGAGAAGGCGAAAGACGGCGCGGAGGGGCUGGGGCUUCUGAAGCCAGAGCCAAGCCCUCCGCUCGAGUGCCCGGGGGCCUGCCCCCCCAUCCAGUUUGGAGCCAGCGAGAAGGAGGCCGACCUUCGCUUCGUGGUGAACGACGGCCCGAAGGAAGACAAAGAAGAGCUGCACCCGGCGCUUGCCGAGGGGCUGACCUCUGCCCCCAGGGAGUGGGAGCUGCUCCCCCCAGCACCCCCCAGCCACAGAGCUUCCCCCGAGGUGCCUCCUGGUCGCUCCUGUGAGCCCAGACCUUUCCCGGUGGCUGCCGCCUCCUGCCUCCACAGCCUCCCAGCGGACACUUCCGUGUUCUCAGGCGAGAGGGGCCAGGGCCAGCGCCUCUACCCAGAGCUGUUUUACGGGAACCAGGUCCCCAGCGCCCAGCUUGAGUCGCAGCUUCACGGGGCCAGUGGGGGCAGCAGCUACCGCCCCAGCACCCCCUCUCUGCACACGUACAGGUCUCAGCACCUGUACCUGCAGCCCAGCCCGGGCCCCGCCUCUCCGGCGCAGACGGCUGCGGGCGCCGUGCUGCCCAGCUCGGCCUUGCUCUCGGGGGUGGCCCUGAAGGGGCAGUAUGUGGAGAUCGCGGCCCUGCAGGCGGCUGAGCUGCCCAAGCUCCCGGCGACAGGCUUGCUGUACCAGGCGCCCCCGCCUUCCUUCAUCUACAGCUCCGCCUUCUGCGGCAGCCAGCUGGCUCCUGAGCAGGCCCUGCUCCAGGUGCGCCAAGAGCUGGCCUCCCCCUCCGAGUUCUACCCGGCCGCCCUGGGCCAAGGCAGCCAGAGCAACUUCCUGACCGGCCCUGGCCAGCAGGUGCUCUUGCCGGUGGUGGAGCCGCCCCAGCUGCCCCCCGUGGUGAACUUCGGCUCCUUGCAGCAAGCGCCCCCUGCCGCCCCUGGGCCGCCGCCGCCCCCGAUGCCCAUGGUGCCCAUGGCGACCCAGGCCCUGAGGCCGCCGCCGCCGCCGGGACAGCUGGCCGGGCGCCUCGUGCCUCCAGCCGUGCGAGCCUUUCCUCACGGCGGAGUGGGCCGUAGCGAGCUCCACACUCUGGAAAUGAAGCCACUACAAGAUUACAGGAAGCUCAAUGGUCUGGGGGCUGCGGGGGCCCGACCCCCUUCUGGGGGCAGGCCUUUCUCUGGAGGCUUCAAUGCCAGGCUGAAAUCCCCCGGGUCUGGCUACGGCGGCAUCUUUCGUGCCCAGCGCUUCGAGGUCUACCAGCAGUCGGACGUCCUUCGCUGGAACCCGCCCCGCGCCUGGGAGCGAGCUGCUCAACCGCGUGACGGAGCCCCCGCCCGGCGCCUCGAGCCGGAGGCCCGUGCCCACACCGACAAGCCAGACCCCAGCCUCUCCAGCCACCACUAGCCCAGGAUGCUCAUCCGUCCCCUUUUGAUUCUGUUAACCCCCCUCCCCCAAAAUUGCGGGGAGGGGCUCGUUCCUCCUCCCCCUUGGUGUAUCCCGAGUAUGGGGUGUCUCCUCGACUCCUUUUCUGUUUGUGGGGGGUGGGGUGGCACUGGAAUUUGCCCCCUCCGUUAGGGGUGUUAGACACUUAGUGGAGUGCUCAGAGUGUAAUUUGGGGGGGCAAGGAUCAGGAUUUUGGGAGGCUCCCAGCUGAAUGUAUUUUUGCUGAUUUCCUUUGGGUUUCAUCUGAGUUUAUUUUGCCCUGUCGAUCUGAGGGGGGAGCAGCUCUGAGGUGCGGAGUGUAAAUAUAUAUAAAUAUGAACAUGUGGGGGCCUUCACCUCUUCCCUCUUCUAUUUAUGGGGGUGGGGGGAGGUGAAUCCUGGGAGCCUGCCGCCUCUCCUGUCUAUUUGCUCCCCUGAGUUUGAAAUAGGAAGCGUUGAGUUUUUAAAAAGGUGGUCGAGCUGGUUUGUUUAAUAAAUAAAAAACCAAAAAAGUUGUUUAAAAAAAAAAAACCAAUAAAACGAAAAGUCAAAA